UAAUUUUGAAGGACAAUUAUUCAUCAGCUUGGUUUAGUUAAUUAUUUGGUGAAAUUUUGAUUUAUCUGGUGUUAGAUUCGAAAAAUUUUCUAAAAAAAAUGACCGCAGUUGCCGCCAGUUUAAAUGUUUCCUCAGAACUAGAUAUCACACCGUCCAGAAAACGUAAACGCCAAUUUGAACGCGUCCAAGAAAAGGCAGCUGCACCUACAAUUAAGUCUUGUUUUACCAAUGAAGCAUUUCAUUCUACACCAAAGAAAAUUAUUGCCAAAAGGCGUCUCAAUAAGGAGAAUGUAACACAAAUAUAUGGUUUGGAGGUCAAAUCGAUAGCGGAAAUAGCCAACGAAGAUAACGAGAGUAAACAGCAGGAACAACCAUUAAAUCCAUAUGAAGUUGUAAGGCCACCAAAGAAAAAGCAAAAACCAGCUCCAGCUUGCUUUGAGAACCCAGCGCUUAAUUUGAAUGGGCCGGACAAGCAAUUCAACCCUUAUGAGAUUGUUCGAGAACCGACUCCUUUGACCAAUUCCAAUUGCUUUGUUAAUUCAGCCUUAAAUUUAAAAACCAAUGAUGAGGUGCCAGCUUCUCGCAAUCCCUUUGAAAUACAAAGGGAUUCCAUGCCAGUUAUGCCAAGUAAAUUGAAGAUUGGUUUACCCUUUGUUCCCAAUAUAGGGUGUCGCAUUGACUUUAAGGACAUGUCGAUGACACAACUCACACCAUCUAAGCUGCUGGCCGAAAAGUUGGUAUUUUCUCCUGUGGUUAAGCAUAAAGUCUCAUUGGGUUCUAUUGGUGAAGAGACAAUGGAUAUAGGAAAAGAAUUGGAUUGUUACCAACUGGAAUUGGAGAAUAGCAUUAACGAGGCCAAGUUGCGUAAAAAUGGAGGAAUGGAAAACUUGGAAAUUGCUACUCCUCCACUGAAAGAAACUUAUGAAAUAAAUGUGGAACAAAAAAUUAACAUUAAACAUAAGCUAACGGAAAUAAAGGAAGACGUGGAGAAUGAAAUCGUCGAGGAGUCUGUAGUCGAGACAUAUCAACAUUCUGAAGUCCAGGCAAUUUGUGAAACUAGAAAGCAAGAAGAGACCGAGGAAAUCCUAGAUAACAAAAAUCCGUUUGUGAAUACAGCAGAUACAAGCCCAGAGAAACAACCCUCAGGCGAAGGCACUGCUAAAUGCAAUAACCCUUUUGUUUAUACCGAGGAAGAAGAUAUUGCCACAAACCCUGAAAUUUUAGACGAGCUCUAUGGUCCCGACAGUGAUGUCGAGGGUGCAGAUGUCUCUUUUGAUUUUAAGACACCAGCACCCUUUGUAAGGGCCUAUACCAGAGCAGCAUCCCCGAAAUUAAGAGUAAGUCGUGAAUCACUAAAGAAGGAGGAAGGUAGUGAUAAACAAGCCGAGGAGGGUGAUCACAUUAGAAAAUCUUUGAAUGUGAAAAAUAUGAUACGCAAAUCUAUACGAAAGCUAAUGCAUCCCCAUGGCUUUGCACAAAAACAUGAGCAAGGCGAGGAGCAGGAAGGAGAUAAACAUGGUGUUGGCUUUAUUAAUACCAUACGGCAAAGUCUGCGUCGCAAACCUGCCAGGCAUCUACUAGAGGAGGAGGAGCAUUCACCGGUUAACGAAUGCGAACUGUCCAUUGUGGAUGGCAGCGAAAGAACCCUAAAGCUGAAAUCGAAUCUGCCACAGACCGACUAUGUGAAAAUCGAGGAUCUAACCAAUGAAAAGAAGCACAAUCUACGCAACAGCAUCAGGCGUUCCACUCGGGAAGUGGGCCAUCAGUUCAUGAAGACCGUGUUUCACAAGAAACACGAGGAGUAUGAAUUUAGGUAAUUUUGUUUAUUUUGCAAAAAAAUAUUGAAAUUUGUUAAUUAUUCCAAAGAUUUUUUUCUCAAUUAUAGCCUAGUUAUAAUAAUCCUUAAGUUUACUUUCGUUUUCUCUUACUAUUGCACAUUUAUGAACUUGAACUUAUUCCUAAGUAUGUAAUUACAUGUUACAU